AUGGCCCAGCCCACCUCCACGGGAGCCCCCGGGGAGCCCCCAGGCCUGGCCAACACCCUGCCCGCAGCCUGGGAGAGACCCCAGCGCAGGACCGGCCUGCCUGUGCCCGGACUCGCGCAGCCCAAGGAAACCGCGACAUCACAGCCGCGCGUUGCUUCCGCCCUUAAGCGCGUGGUCCCUGAACACCAGCGGGGGGCAAGGCGCAGACGGCGGGGCGCGCGGGCCGGGGGCUCUGCGCCUCCUCCCUGGGGAGGGCCUCGCAGGGGUCCCCGCGGUUCCACCUGCCUCUUCCCCGGGGCGCUCCCCUUCCUCCACCAGCGCCGACGUCGUCCGGCCGUGCCGUCAGCAGGGGCUCCAAACCCGCUACCUCCGACCUCAGGCCUGGACCUGGCGGCGCCCCGCGGCCCAGCGCGGAGGGCCCGCGCGCGACGGGGGAGCGCCCGGGAGGCCUCCCAAAGGUCUGCGGAGCGAAGCCCCGCAGGGGCGGAACGGGUGCAUAGCGUCAACGGAAGUGCCGCACCUCCGAGGAAGAGGAGGCGGCGCUUCCGGCGGGCGGCGGGGGCUCCGGGUGAGUGGCGGCGCGGCGGCGCGGCGGCGCUGGACGCGGGAAGCAGCAAGCAGAACCCGGCCCUGGCUCUCCGGAACACCACGGAGAGGGCUACACUGAUGGACACAUGCACAGCAUUCCCAGCACGGGCAUCAAGUGGCGGCCGGGCUUCCAGCUAUGCUGCCUCAGCAGCUGAGCAAGGGGCUCAGAGUGCAGGGCUGAUGCCACUGCAGGCAGCCCUGGAUGAAGGGGGUUGCCAUGGAGAGGCUGUGCCAGGACUGUUCCAGGGGCCUCCCCAGGCACGGCAGUUUCCAGACCCUUGUGGGAAUGAGAAAGCUGGACAGAGGCCCAGAGGUUCCCCUCGGGGACUGGUUAUUUAUGAGGAAACUGGAGAGCAGAAUGGCCAUACGAACAAUGUGUCUGGGUCAGUGGUCACCCUGAAUGCAGCCUCUGCGACCAGUGGGAGAGGCCACUGGAAAGGACGGCUUUAUCCAUGCAGCACCUGUGACAGGAGCUUCAAAUGCUAUUCGGACGUGGUGAAACACCAGAGCAUCCACUCUGGGGAGAAGCCCUAUGAGUGCAGUGACUGUGGGAAAGCCUUCAUUCACAGCUCCCAUGUCGUCAGGCACCAGCGCAUUCACAAUGGGGAGAAGCCUUACGUGUGUAAGGAGUGUGGGAAAGCCUUCAGCCAGAGCUUCAACCUCAUUAGACACCAGAGAAUCCACACAGGGGAGAAGCCUUACGAGUGCACCGAGUGUGGCAAGUCCUUCAGUCAGAGGUCAGAUGCUGUCAAGCACCAGAGAAUUCACACUGGGGAGCGGCUGUACGAGUGUAGCGAGUGUGGGAAAACCUUCAUUCACAGCUCAAACGUCGUCCGGCAUCAGCGCAUUCACCACGGAGAGAAUCCCUAUGAGUGCAGAGAAUGUGGGAAAGCGUUCAGCCAGAGCUCCAACCUGGUUCAGCACCAGCGGGUCCACACUGGAGAAAAGCCCUACACCUGCCAGGAGUGUGGCCGUGCCUUCAGCCGCAGCUCCUUCCUCAGCGAGCACCGGCGCAUCCACACUGGAGAGAAGCCCUAUGAGUGCGGUGACUGUGGCCGUGCCUUCAGGGCCCUGUCUGGCUUCUUCCGGCACCAGAGGAUCCACACUGGGGAGAAGCCUUUCCGCUGUGCCCAGUGCGGCAGGGCCUUCCGCCUGAGCUUUCACCUCAUCCAGCACCAGCGGGUUCACGGCAUGGAGUGAACGUGCUGUGGGCUGCAUGUGGAGUGGAAAUCAGUAAAUAAGGUUAGAGGGUGGAUACAGCACCCUUCACUCUUUGCCUGCGCCCCAGGCUUGUGCACUUUGCUCCACAGGCCUCGGGAUGAUAAAGCUGUCUUGGUGGUCUACAGGGCUGCCCAUGGAGGCCUGCAGUUUGUCUACUGCCGCCUUGCCAGGAGCACCAGAGAGCAAAGAGGAGGCUUGGAGAAGGAGCCAUGAUGGUGACGUGUGCAUCUUAAGUUAAUUUAUUUCAUUUUCACAGCACUGGGUUCUUUUCCUGACAAUUUACAUAGGGUGGAAUGCAUAGACCUUAAGUGUUUGGUUUUAAGGGUUUCAGUAAGUAUAACCUGUCUUGACCUUUAUGACCACCACACUAUCAAGAUGUAGACUAUUUCCAUCACCCCAAAGAGUUUCCUUAUGCCCCUUCAAGUCAGCCCUCUCAUCCUCAGGCAACCAAUGAUCUCGUUUCUGUCACUAGUUUUGCUUGUUCUAGAAUGUUGUAUCAAUAGUGAUAUAAUUUAUACUAUUUUCUGCCUUUUUCCCUUUGCUUAAUGUUUUCUGAGAUUUAUCCAUGUAUCAGUAGUUUUCUUUUUUAAGUUUCCUAGCAUUUUUGAAAAGUCAAGAAUCACUUUCUACCCUGUAUCAAUGCUGUAUGCUUAUGUCUGUGUCUUUCUAUCGAAGUAUCAGCCCCUGUAGCGAGAAUUAUUUUAGCACAGCCCCAGAUACAGGAUGUGCACUCCACAAAAAAAUACACAGGGGAGUUUAUGAAAGAUAGGCCUAGAGGAGAGACCAUAGGCUUGGCCGGAAGGAGGAGGUAUUGAGUCACUUGUUUUCAUGCCAUUUCAGAGUGUACAGAACUCUUCUCAGGCUCAGGAAGGUAGUAUGAGAUAAAGCAAGUUUAAGACACUUGUACUUUCAACAAGUGUUUCCUAAGCACUAGCUUUCCAGGCUCUGUGCCACUGUUGUAGGGAAACAAAGUCACUAUGAUGGCUGCACUCAGUACCAGGAGUAAAUACAGGGGGCCAGUGACACCGGAGGGCAGCAAACAGGCCUAGGACAAGGGAGACACUGGGACAGGCACCCCAGGGAGGGGGUCCUGAGCACGUGGAUUAAAUGUUGUGUACAAAGCAAAGGUCAGGGCACACAAGGGGAUGUGAAGAGGAUAAGAAAUGUGCUUACCCACAGGACCUUGCAAUUCGUAGUUGGGAGAUCAGGCAAAAAGUAUAUGUAGACCGUGGUCUAGGUGAGCUUACUAAUAUUUCACAUCACAAGAUAGUAGUUAUAGACACCUGUAAAUGUUACUUGCCAGAUAGGAAAGGAGAGGUGUCUUUGCUGGGGAUGAUACUCUGUGUGUAUCAUAAAACUCUGCCGUAACAAACUGAGGUGGUAUUAUUGAAAGUCUGUUGUAAUGACUAAGACAAAUCUGAGCAGUCACCUGGCCACAAGUCCUGGGGGGUCCAGCUGUGGACCCAGAUCUGUCCUGGUCAAGCUGUGGUUUGGUGCCACUUCGUGGGAACUGUCUGCUCUAGCUUAACUAUUGACUGUGAAUUAUUUGGGUCCUGUAGCUGGCUGGGACUUCCAAAAUACUAGCUAAGUUCUAGGGCUCUUGUUGGCACCUAUUUCUUCUAUGGUGUGAGCUUAGGCUACUGGGUUGUGCAGCCUGUGGGGGUAGACUUGCCCGCAGAGUGCAUUCAGUGGCACCACAGCUACUGGGCCAAGGUGAGGUGGUAAGCUGACCAUGCUGAGCCAAGACUGGGGUUUGUGGUGCCUCCCAGGUAGCUCUUUGCAGGAGAACUUCCCCUACUUAGAUCCUGUAGUGUCCCUGAUCAUAAGAUUAAAGCAGUGAGCUGAGAGAAAUCACCAAGUACACAGGAAGGUGAGUCUCACUGACUGGAGGUCAACAAAAUCAGCAAAGAACAGAUAUAAACCACAAAGAAGUGCAGAUACUGAAAUUGUCAGAUAAUGCAGGCAAGAGAAUAGUUAUGUAUGAAGUUUUAAAGAAAUAAGACAACCUUCGUGCUAAAAUCUGGAACAAGACAAGGAUGCCCACUGUCACCAUUUCUAAUUGAACAUAGUACUUGAAGUCCUAGUCACAGCACUCAGAUAUGAAAGAGAAAUAAAAGGUAUCCAAAAACCAGGGAAGAGAUAAAGUUGUCAUUAUAUGCAGAUGACAUGAUACUAUAUAUAGAAAGCCCUAAAGAGUCCAAACAAAAACUACUAGAACUGAUAAAUUCUGCAGGGUAGCAGGAUACAAUAUUAACAUACAGAAACCUGUUGCCUUUCUUUACAUUAACAAUGAAAUUUCAGAAAGGGAGAGUAAAAAAACAAUCCCAGGACUUCCCUGGUGGUCCAUUGGUUACGAAUCCACCUUCUAAUGCAGGGGACUCAGGUUCGAUCCGCAGUCAGGGAACUAAGAUCCCACAGGCCGUGGGGCAACUAAGCCUACACGCUGCAACUAUAGAGACCAUGCCCCACAACUAGAGAGAUCACGUGCAGCAACUACUGAGCCUGCACACUCUGGAGCCCGCACACCAC